AGUAAACUUUUCGGCCAAUCCGGAUUAAAAAUGACCUCUUACUAGUUAUAAACUUCGUGUGACAAAUAUACGAGAUUCGAUCCCAGGUCGUGAACAUCAGUCUGGACCAUCAUGUAUUUAAAUUAGUCUUUUUAUACAAGUUUAUAAAACGUUACCAUGUCCUACAUGAAACAGAGCAUUAUACUGAGAAAAGUGGCCAUGCCUCCAAGAUUUGAAAACACUCUCAAAAUCCUCCUCACCAUCUUCCUUCUUUCAAUAUCUGCUGUCUUAGCUGCCACCACAAUCGACCCAGACGACGACGUCGAAAAGAAGUAUUACAUUGUUUACCUGGGAAAUCACCAACCAGAAGAUGAAGCUUCGGCGAAUCGAGCACAUAUUGAUGUACUCUCCAAUCUUAAAGGAAGUGAAUUUGAUGCCAGAGAAUCAAUAGUUCACAGUUAUCACAAAAGCUUCAAUGCGUUUGCUGCCAGACUAUCCAAUGACGAAGCAGAGACUUUGUCUGAUUAUGAUGAGGUGCUUUGGAUGUUUGAAAACAAAUAUCAUAAGCUACACACAACAAGGUCAUGGGAUUUUGUUAGGUUUCCUCAAUCAGCCAAGAGGAAAUUGAAGACAGAGAGUAACAUCAUUGUUGGUCUUUUUGAUACAGGGAUAACUCCAGAAUCUGAGAGCUUUAAGGAUGAUGGGCUUGGUCCACCCCCAACAAAAUGGAGAGGAACGUGUGUUCACCAUGCUAAUUUCUCAGGAUGCAACAACAAAAUCGUAGGAGCCCGCUACUUCAAGCUCGACAAUGUCCCAGACCCCUCCGACACUCUCUCACCCAUUGACGUCGAAGGUCACGGCACCCACACCUCCUCAACCCUCGCCGGAACCCUGGUUCCAAACGCUAGCCUCUCCGAUCUCGCCGCCGGAACAGCCCGUGGCGCCGUUCCCUCCGCCAGAAUUGCCGUCUACAAAGUAUGCUGGGCGUCCUCCGGGUGUUCCGACAUGGACAUCCUCGCCGCGUUUGACCACGCCAUCUCCGACGGCGUUGACCUGAUCAGUAUCUCCAUUGGCGGACCCUCUGCUGGGUAUGUUUCUGAUUCCAUUUCCAUUGGGUCUUUCCAUGCUAUGAGGAAGGGGAUCCUCACAGUGGGAUCCGCCGGAAAUGAUGGACCCACUUCUGGGACUGUAUCGAAUCAUGCUCCGUGGAUGUUGAGUGUUGCUGCUAGUGGAAUUGAUCGUGGGUUUCGUAGUAAGAUUUCUCUCGGCAAUGGCAACUCCGUUUCGGGAGCUGGGAUUGACUUGUUUGAUUCUGGGAGAUCUUUUAGUAUUGUCAGUGGGGAAGAUGUGGCUAAGAAUUCAGAUAACAAGGAAAAUGCAAGAUACUGCCUGGAAGAUUCAAUAAGCUCUUCCAAGGUUAAAGGGAAGCUUGUUCUGUGCAAACUACAGAACUGGGGAGUUGAUUCAGUGGUGAAAGGAAAUGGGGGCGUUGGUGCUAUUGUUGCAAGCUCACGGUUUCUUGAUGUUGCAAUGAUUUUCAUGGCGCCAGGAACCAUUGUUAAUUAUACUGUUGGUGAAAAAAUUUAUGACUAUAUCCAUAAAUCAAGUUCACCAACAGCGACAAUACACAGAUCCCAGGAAGUAAAUAUUUCAGCUCCGUUUAUUGGUUCAUUUUCAUCCCGAGGUCCAAAUCCAGGAUCUGUACGACUUCUCAAGCCGGAUAUUGCUGCCCCUGGAAUUGAUAUUUUGGCGGCUUAUACCCCCUUGAAGUCAUUGACUGGGUUAAAGGGUGACAACCAACAUUCAAAAUUUACUAUCAUGUCUGGAACAUCCAUGGCAUGCCCCCAUGCUGCUGGGGUUGCUGCCUAUGUCAAGUCAUUUCAUCCAAAGUGGUCGCCUGCCGCCAUUAGGUCUUCUAUCGUUACUACCGCGAGGCCUAUGAGCUCAAGGCUCAAUAAAGAUGCUGAAUUUGCUUAUGGUGCUGGUCAAAUAAAUCCACUCAAAGCAAAGAGUCCAGGCUUAGUGUAUGACAUGGAUGAACUGUCUUACAUUCAGUUCCUGUGCAAGGAGGGCUACAGUGGGGCUUCAUUGUCCGUUCUUGUUGGUUCAAAGUCCAUCAAUUGUUCUGCUUUAGUUCCUGCAUUCGGCCAUGAUUCUCUCAAUUAUCCAACAAUGCAGUUGAAGUUAAAGAACAAGAAAGAGCCAGCAAUGGCAGUGUUCCGCAGAAGAGUUACAAACGUGGGUCCCUCAAAUUCCGUCUACAAUGCCAUUGUUAGAGCCCCCAAAGGUGUCAAUAUUACUGUUAAACCUACACGUCUUUCAUUUUCUCGUGCCUUGGAGAUGCGGAGUUUCAAGGUUGUGGUGAAGGCAAAUCCCCUAUCAGGUGCAAAAAUCUUAUCAGCUUCUCUCAUUUGGAAAAGCUCCCGUCAUGUAGUUCGGAGUCCAAUUGUCAUUUAUAAAACGUAAAAGUAGACGUUUUAGAUGUACAAGCAAACCAGAGUCAGGUCAUCUUUAGUCAUUUGUUAGUAACCAAUAGGAUCAAUGUUAUAGACUUGUAUAUAACAGAGGACUCAUAGUGGAAUAAAUUAUGUUUACUGGAUCUGUCCUUCAACUCUGAAAGUUGUUUCAAUUCCUCUUAUGUAAAAUAUUUUCAGAACAACCUAGCUUGAGACUUGUAUAUGGUGUAUGUUCACAUUGGCUGAUCAGUGAUCAAGCAUUACUCUAUAA